AAUUUGGGCUCUUCAAGUUGGGCUCAUUGCAACCGUAAGCUGGAGAAAAAUAUACACACUGAGUUGACAGAAGGAGAGUGAGGUGAUUUGCAGUUUGCAGCAGGUGAAGUUCAGAACGUGCAAGAUCCGUCACUGCGAUCUCCACACUCUGCCAUGGCUCCAAAACCGAUCACCAGCCCUGUCCCCGAUGCAUGGUACCCUACACUCUCCGUCUUCACCCUCGCCAUCGGUCUCGUCUUAACUGCCUCUUUCUUCAUUUAUGAAGCAACCUCUUCUCGGAAAACCCGUUCCCUUGCUCAGGAGCUGACAACUGGAGCAGUGGCAUCAGUCUUCUUGGGCUUUGGAUCCUUGUUUCUCUUACUUGCCAGUGGCGUCUAUGUCUAAUAAUAGUUGAACAUCAAAUUGUAUGAAAUUUUUGCUAAGCAGAUUGUUUAAAUGAAAAAUUACAUGGAACAUCUUAGUUUGAUAUCUGACUCAAAGUUAUGUUCUUAAUCUAUUAGUGGCAUUGUUGAUUA